AUGGCGCCAAAAUCACUUGCAGAACAGCUCGCAGAGCUGGAAAACCCGACACCUAAAGAUUUCGACCCCGAAGAUUUGGAACGCGCUGGGCCAGACAGUGAGGAUGAAGGUGCCGAAGCUGCUGAUCCUAAUGCUGGACGAGAACAUUAUCAAGCUGUAGGAAAGGCGAGGCUUCGCAAGCAGGACCCAAUUAACCUCGGAAAACAAUAUGCCGGCUCGAAAAUCAGCCGGGACGCGCUUGAAGCCGAGAGUGAUGAUGACCCUUUCAAAGCACGCUCUAGCGACGAGGAGGAUGGUAGUGAGGACGAGGACGAAGAGGAUUCCGAGCUAGGAAGCGACGAGGAAGAAGACGCAUCCGAGGAGAGCGAAGCAGAGCGACCACGGAAAUCUAGGAGCUCCGGAAAGGAUGGCAAGCGGCAGAUGAAGGAGUCGGAGUUUUCGUCGGACGAAGAGCAUGGCGAAGGCAUGGAUACCGACGGGUCUGAGGAGGUUGAAGGAAGCGAGGACGAUUCGGAAGAUUUAUUCGACGAGGAUGACAUGGACGGAGAAUUUCCUUCUGAUGACGAUGAAGGGGAUGAGGACGAGGACGAGGACGAGGACGAGGAUGAGGAAACCGACAACCGAAGAGUGCGGUUUGAGAAAACAUCCAAAUCCGAUGACCGCGAGGAACUGCGCCGACUCAUGUCCUCCGAUCAAAAAACAAUCGCAGCCACGAUUUCCCAAGCCGCCAAAGCAGACGCUGCCAAGGGCCGGGCCGUCAAGCAGCAGCGAGCAACUUUCGACGCCUUGCUCAACGCACGAAUCAAACUCCAAAAGGGCAUGACAGCGAUCAACCAGCUCUCCAUCGCCGCAAAGGGAAAUGAUGACAAGACAAACAUCGACGGCGAAGCCAUCAAGUCCGCCGAAUCCGCCGCGCUCGCGCUUUGGUCCACCCUCGAAGACCUGCGCCUCGCUCUGGCAGACGCACAAACCCAGGACGAGUCCAAGAAACGCAAGCGACCCUCCGCAGUGUCCGUCGCGACAUCCACCGAUUCCUUGUGGAAGCGCAUGACUGACCUCGAGUCCGACGCCGUCGCCCACCGCCGCGCCGUGCUCGACAAGUGGUCCCUCAAGGUCCGCGGCUCCACCGCCACACUCCCCAACGCGCGCGGAAAGCUCCUCGGCGCUAGCGCCGGUAGUCAACAAACCGUCACCGCCGUCAUCGACGCGCAGGUCGCUUCGGAGACGGGCGACCGCGCCGCCAAGCGCCGGAGAAAUUCCUCCGACGAGGAGCCCGAACCGGUCUACGACGACACCGUCUUCUACCAGUCCCUCCUCCGAGACCUCGUCGAGCAGCGCAUGUCGUCCUCCGACGCCAUCACGAACGGACUCGAUACCCUACACCUCCAGCUGCCUUCCCGGCAAGGUAUCCACCCUAUUACGGGCAUGCGCAAGGACAAGGUCAAACGGGACAUCGAUACCCGGGCCUCCAAGGGCCGAAAGAUGCGCUUCGAUGUCCACGAGAAGCUGCAGAACUUCAUGGCGCCUGAGGAUCGCGGCACGUGGACCAAUACCGCUCGCGAGGAGUUCUUUGCCUCCUUGCUUGGAAAGACGGCGAGUGGGUUAUUGCGAGAGGGGGAUGAUGAGGAUGCCAGUGCUGCGGAGGAAAGUGAUGAGGAUCGUGAGGAGGUUGGACUGCGGUUGUUCCGCAGCUAG